AAUACACAUACAGGAUAAAAACAAGGGAACAAAAGGAGAGUUGUUAGUAGGAAGGGGGGGAAGUACACGAAACAUUAUACGGACCAACCAAAUGGCAAUCGCUUCCAGGUGAUCGCGUGCAGGUGAGCCGCCAACUUUGACUCCCACACGAAAGGAAGAGAGCCCCAUUCGCGCGUGUUUUACGAAGUAACCAACUUGCUUCUUAUGAGAAGUGAGCGGACUUUUAACGUUCGUGAUCAGUCUACAGUGAACUGAGUUUACCGUUCAGUUUUAUUUCUCCUUCCAUCUCUCCCUUCUUUCUUUCUUUAUUUAAUAAUAAAUAUCUCUCUUCAUUUAUAUCAAAAUAAAGAACGAAGGAGAAACAAAAUAAACGAGUAAAUUGAUAUUACCUAUUUUCGUCAAAUUUCGUUUUAUCUUGUGUUUGUGUGUGUAUGUGUAUGUGUGUGCAUGCACGCCCCUAGUGAUACAUAUUUAUAUAUUUAUUAAAGUGUAUUCGCGAACAUUCCAAAAACCGUAUGUCGAUAUAUCAAAGUGUCGAAUAUAAAAUGAUGUCAACGUAAGCGAACGAGAGAGCUAUAAUAACGUAUCGUCGCUUAUGAUCGAAUCGAAGAAUGGAGUCUACUUGAUUAAGAUUUGAUCGUUCGUGACCUUGGUAUCAAAGAGAAGAAAGGACGAAGAAACGACAUCGAUAUUAUUGAGAAGAAAUUUCUAACGAAUCCAAACCAUCCAUCCUAUCCUUUUCCUCCUUUCCUCUCUCUCUUCCUUUUUUCUUGUCCUUUCAAAGAAAAAAAAAAUAUAUAUAUAUAUAUAUAAAAUUGAUGAGCUUGAUGAAAAAUGGCUAAAUAUACAGUCAAAGAAGAAUACGAUCUUGAAAAUUACAAAGAAGUUAGACUGACCGGUUUUAACAACAACGAUCCUGAUCUAAGUAAUAACCUUGAAACUAGACUGGCCAUUAUCCAUCUUUCUAGCAAAGACGAGAAAGAGAGCAAAGAUGACGUAAACCGUACCAAUAACUUUAUUCUACUUUCGUCAAUGAAGAGUUGGUUAUGUCGAAGAAUAAAAAAAACGUGUAAAAAAAAGUUGCUUUACAAAAGGAUACCUAUUCUAGCAUGGUUACCACAAUAUCGUAAAGAAUUUAUAGCAAAUGAUUUGGUAGCUGGAGUCACCGUUGGUUUAACAGUCAUACCACAAGCCAUAGCUUAUGCCAAUGUUGCUGGUCUACCUCUACAAUAUGGCCUCUAUUCAUCUUUUAUGGCAUGUUUCGUAUAUACUAUCUUAGGUUCUUGUAAGGACGUUCCAGUAGGACCAACAGCGAUAGCUGCAAUCCUAACAAGAGAAACCCUUCAAAAGUCUCACUUAGGACCAGACUUUGCUGUUUUAUUGACCUUCGUUUCUGGCUGUAUAUCCUUACUAAUGGGCAUAUUGCAAUUAGGUUUCUUACUCGAUUUUAUUUCGGGACCAGUCUCAGUUGGUUUCACUUCAGCCGCAUCAAUCAUCAUUGCUACCAGUCAAAUGAAAGAUAUCUUAGGAAUUAAUAUAUCUGGUGGAAAGUUCUUAGAAGUCUGGCAAAUGAUCUUUGAAAAGAUUAGUGAUACGAGACCAUGGGACACUACAUUAGGAAUUGUAUGCAUAAUCGUUUUGUUACUUCUCAGGAAAGCCAAAGAUUUGCCGAUAAUGACAAGAAAUGUAAAGAUGCCAACAAAAAUUCAAUUAUCGCUGAGAAAACUUAUUUGGUUGGUCUCAACUGCCAGAAAUAUCUUAAUAGUUGUCAUUUGUGCUGUUAUUUGUUGGCUAUUGGAAAUUUAUCUUGGCUCAUCACCAGUCAUUUUAACGGGAGAAGUAAAAGCAGGUUUACCGAAUUUUCAUUUGCCACCUUUCCAAUCGAGUACCGGUAAUGAGACCUAUCACUUCAGUGACAUGGUCACUGAAUUAGGUUCUGGAUGUCUAGUCGUACCUUUAUUAAGUCUUCUGGAAACUAUUUCCAUCGCCAAAGUAUUCAAUGAUGGCAAUCCUAUAGACGCAACUCAAGAAAUGUUAGCAUUGGGUGUAUGCAACGUAAUUUCCUCUUUCGUAUCAUCGAUGCCAGUCAGUGGUGGGCUCAGUCGAGGUGCUGUUAACCAUUCCUCUGGUGUUAGGACAACUUUCGGUGGAAUAUAUACAGGUCUUCUCGUCUUAGUAUCAUUACAAUUUCUUACUCCAUAUCUUCGAUAUAUUCCUAAGGCAGCACUCGCAGCAGUUAUCAUAGCAGCUGUGGUCUUUAUGGUUGAAUUCCAUGUAAUCAAGCCAAUAUGGAGAACUAAAAAGAUCGAUCUGGUGCCUGCAAUCGUAACAUUUUUAUGCUGUCUCUUUGUGAGAUUAGAAUUAGGUAUAGUGAUCGGCAUCGGUGUUAAUCUUUUAUUUUUGCUUUAUGCAUCGGCCAGACCAUCUUUGCGAGUCCAAAAAGCUACGAGCAUAAAUGGCUGCGAAUAUCUUGUUAUAACUCCAGAUAGAAGUCUCGUCUUUCCAAGUGUCGAGUACGUCCGAGCUGUAAUUAGUAAACAGGGAACAAAACAGGGUGUAACAGUACCCAUUGUUAUUGAUUCUACUCACAUUCAAGCUGUUGAUUUUACAGCUGCUAAGGGGGUGAAGAAUUUGAUAGAAGAUUUCUCAAAACGUGGUCAACCAUUGAUCUUUCACAAUUUAAAGCCUAGCAUCAUUGAAAUCUUCAGAGGAGUAAAACCAUCAAGUUUGAAGUGUAGCUCUAGUGAACUCGAAUUAAAUGAUUGUCUUAAAGAAUAUUCGGAUAUCUCAAUGACAACUAUAAGCAGGUAUUGAAUAAAUGUGAAUAUUGUUGAUGAUUCCA